CAACAGAAUCUCUACUUCAUGAAAAUAGUAGUUGACGAGUUUUACUCAAGUCUAUUAUAAGUCUUCUUCUUCUUCUUCUUCUUCUUUCUGUCUCUCUCUAUUUCACUAUAAUAAAAUACAAGUUCCAUGACCUAGAAGAAUCCAGCUUGUAAGCAAAGAUAUUUGUUGAAAUGGACAUGAAGACCAAUCCAAGAUUCAUGUUUGUUCUUCUCUUCGUGUGUUUGUUUCUCGAGACGAAUCUAUCCCUGCGAGUUGAUACCAUCUCUGCAAACCAGUCGCUUUCUGGUCACCAAACCAUUGUAUCUGCUGGUGGGGUCUUUGAGCUCGGAUUCUUUAAGCCAGGUAACUCUCCAAACUACUAUAUAGGCAUGUGGUGGAAGAAAGUUACAGUGCAGACUGUAGUUUGGGUUGCAAAUAGAGAGAAGCCAGUUUUAGAUAGAUUUUCUUCGGAGCUGAAAAUCUCAAAUGGCAAUUUAGUUCUUUUCAACGGGUCCAAAGUCCCAAUUUGGUCCACAAACGUGAAUUCCACAAGGUCUGCUUCUUUGGAAGCUGUUCUUCUGGAUAACGGCAACCUCGUCUUAAAACACGUCGGGAAACAGAUGAAACCGAUAUGGGAGAGUUUUUAUCAUCUAACUGAUAGUUUGCUACCUGGUUGCAAAUUUGGAUACAACAAGAAGACCAAAAGAAAGCAAGUUCUCACGGCAUGGAAGAAUCUAGAAGAUCCUGCCCCUGGUCGCUAUUCAAUUGAGCCAUUCCCAAGGGAUAACUCCUUUGUCAUAGAGUGGAAUAUGUCUAGAGGCUUCUGGAACACUGGAACUUGGAACGGGGAGAUUUUUAACCUUGUGCCUGGGGUGAACAUUCAUAGUCUCUACAAUUUUAGCUAUGUUUCAAAUGACAAGGAGAGCUAUUUCAUAUACUUUGUUGAAAACACUACCAAGACUAUAUCUCGACUUGUUAUGGGUAUUUCUGGCCAGCUGCAGCAACCAUUGUGGAUGCCUCCAGAAGGGUGGAGAACGAUUUGGUCUUUCCCGAGACAGCAAUGUAAAGUUCAUGCCUUUUGCGGGCCAUAUGGAAGCUGCACAGAUAGCGCUAAUGUGUGUAGUUGUUUGACAGGAUUCAAGCAAAAAUCGCCGAGUGAUUCGGAUUUGAAGGACUACUCUGGAGGAUGCAUUAGAAAGACCAAACUUCAGUGCGAGAACUACAAUAUUUCAAGUGGUGAGAAGGACAAAUUCCUUGAACUUCCUGACAUGCUUUUGCAUGAAAGUGAGCAAUUUGUGAAAGUAGGGGAUAUUACAGCAUGUGAAUCGACAUGCUUAAAUAACUGCUCUUGCGUGGCUUUUGCUUAUGACAACAAGCAUGGUUGUUCAAUUUGGACAAACGAUCUCUUAGAUCUGGAGCAACUCAAAGCUGGAGACAACAAUGGAAGAACUCUCUACCUUCGACUAGCAGCCUCCGACUAUUGGGAUGCUAUGAAUAGUAAGAGACUGAUUCGAAGUGCUAGUAAUAAGGCACUGAUUAUAGGUGUUGUGGUGGGCUCAAGUGUAGUACUUCUCGCAGGCCUUGUUAUAUUUUCUGUUAUAAGACAGAGAAACAAGAAAAUCAGAAGACAAAAAGAAGUUCAGAACUCCUUGACGGUGUUUACCUACAAAGAACUACAGAAUGCCACAAAGAACUUCUCGGAGAAAUUAGGUGGUGGAGGCUUUGGUUCAGUCUUUAAGGGGACUUUGCCUCACUCUUCUAUGGUAGCAGUGAAGAAGCUUGAAAGUGUCGGCCAAGGAGAGAAGCAAUUUCGGGCAGAAGUUAGUACAAUCGGAACAAUCCAACAUGUUAACCUUGUUCGGCUUCGCGGGUUUUGCUCUGAAGGUACUAAAAAGUUGCUAGUCUACGAUUACAUGCAAAAUGGCUCGUUAGGUUCUCGCCUUUUCCAUGAAAAGAAUUCAAACGUUUUGGAAUGGAAAGCAAGAUACCAAAUUGCUUUAGGGACAGCUAGAGGGUUGGUGUAUUUACACGAGAUGUGCAGAAACUGCAUUAUUCACUGCGACAUCAAGCCUGAAAACAUUCUUUUAGAUGCAGAAUUUUCUCCGAAAGUGGCAGAUUUCGGGUUGGCGAAACUUGUUGGGAGAGAAUUCAGUCGCGUCCUGACAACAAUGAGAGGGACAAGAGGUUAUCUGGCACCAGAGUGGCUUGGAGGAUUGGCGAUAACACCGAAAGCGGAUGUUUACAGCUACGGAAUGAUGCUUUUCGAGCUUGUAUCCGGAAAGAGAAACUCAAAGCAAUCAGAUUCAGAAGGAAAAGUGCCGAAGUACUUUCCAAGUUUGGCCACUAGCGUAGUAGUCGAAGGCGGUGAUGUCCUUAGCAUUUUAGACCCGAGGUUGGAGGGUGAUGCUGACGUACAAGAACUUGAAAACGUUUGUAAAGUUGCUUGCUGGUGUAUCCAAGAUGAAGAAGCGCAUAGGCCAACAAUGAGUCAAGUAGUUCAAAUGCUUGAAGGUACUCUGGAGGUGGAUUUACCACCUAUUCCGAGAACGCUCUACUUUUUUGAUGAGAAUUAGGAGACUUCUGCAGCUCGUUGAGUGAUUUGGGUGUCUCUUUGACACUAAGUGUGGAUUACCACUUCAGUGUGACGCAAGUCCUGAGCCGAUUGGAUCAAAAUAAUGGAGCUCUGAUUUCUCUUGUUAUUCAGUUUAUACUAUUACUGUUAUUUAUGUAAAAGUAAAGAUGUUGUUUUUACUGUUAUUUAUGUAAAAGUAAAGAUGUCGUUUUUACUGUUAUUUAUGUAAAAUAAACUUG